AUGCUUUGUCCAAAGUAUAGAGUAAAUAAUAUACUUUGUUCAAAAGUAAAUUUUAAUGGUUUAUGUAAAAGUUUAGCCUAUACUUCUCCAUUACAUUUUUCAAAUAGAAACUAUUAUAACACAGACAAUAAAAAUAAUGAUAAUAAUGAAAAUGAUAACAACGAUAGUAACAAUAGUAUUUGCAACAACAGUAAUAACAAGAAAAAAAACAAUAUAAAUAAUAAUCAUUUUAAAAAACAUCAUCAGAAUAAUUAUUUUAGUAGUACAAAUAAAUAUGGCAGUGAUUAUUUUAAUUAUAGUAACAAAGUUAAAUUAAAUAAAGAGUCAGAGGUUUUACCAGGUUUAAAGUUAUCAGAUAUAGAUUUAACAUCAAGCAAUGUUAUGGAUGUAAGCAGUGGGUUCCUUUUCAAGUUUAGAUAUUAUCUUCCCAUUACAUCACCAAAAAUAGUGUUAAAUAGCAAAUAUAAGAAAUAUGCAGUUCUUAUCAAAGAUAACCACAGUUUUGACGAUAUUUUAGCAAUAGCACAAAAAGACAAUAUUGAAAUUUCAAAUGAUUUUUAUAAUACAAUGUUUUAUAUUUAUAUUUUAAAAUUGGAAGAAAUUCAAAAUUUACAAUUAAAUAUAGAUGAUAAUAUUGAUAACACUACAAAUACAAAUAGUAAUAAUAAAGAAUUAAUUAAUAAAAUAAUAAUAGCAUUAAAAAGAAUUUAUUUAUCAAAUUAUAGACCAAAUCAAUUAUCAAUACUUUUAAAUAUUUUAUCAUUUGCAAAGAGAAAGGAUGAUCAAGCAGAUUCGGAUUUGGUAGAAUUUUGUGAAGAUAUUUGUGUAAAAGUAGAUCUUAUCCGUAAUUUAUUCACAUUGGAAUCAUUACAAAUUCUUUUACAAACUCUUUACAAUCGUCAAAAGUUUAGAACAGUUUGCACAGUCUAUCAAAGUUUCAAAAACUAUUUUCCAUUACUUAAUGAAAACGAAGUUUGGCACUCUGGCAUCAUUAUACAGAGUAUGGAAUUGACAAAGAGACCCAUAGAAGAGAUUGAACAAUUAUUUGAAGAUUCAGGAUUACAAUUAACUCAAUAUACUCAAGUUCAUUUCAACACAUUGGCUCUCAGUUAUCUUCGUUCAACUAAAAUUGCAGAGUUUUUUUCAGUACUCCAAACUCUCUAUUUGGCCCAUCUCCCAAUCAACGAAACCCUACCAAACAGGGGAUUACAAUUUUUAAUAGACAAUGAAUUACACGAUUUUGCGGUAAAGGUUUAUCCACUACUCAGAAAUAUUUUUAUUAUCGAAAGAAGUGAACUCAGCACUUCCCAAAGAGAAAGACUCAAAGAGUUGGUAUCAUUAAGCGAAAAUGGCAAAUUACUCUUGAUAAAUCCAUCCUAUAAUAACCCAAAUUCCCCACAAUAUAUAUUUUCAGAAAAAUACAUUUCAACAAUCGAUUUUGAAAGUGAUGAUACAAAUUUUUCUUUUUUAGGUGUACAAAUUCCGGUUAAAACAAAACCUCUCGAUCAUUUCAAAGAAAUUUUAGAAACAAAAAAUAUUAAAGCCACCGAUACUUUAGUUUUGGAGCUUUCAAAAAAACUUGAAAGUGCUAAAAACGAUAAAGAAGAUCAUUAA